CCACCCACUUCUUCACCUAACCUUACUUUUUUCCCACCUGUACGCGGAUAGCUUUCUCCAUCCAAGGGGGCGACCAUCUACCACCGCACCAUUUUUCUGGUCCUUUAUAUAGCGAGCGUCGUGCCAUUACCGCUCUUUUAUUGCACGAUACCGCAUUCAUAAUGGCGCAGAAGCACAAUUACGAGUUUGGCGGCCCGUACGUUCAAUCCGCCCCUGACUCGCGAUAGCUACGGCUAGCUUGCGCGUGAAAACCACAACAUCAAGAUACACACGGCUAACAGACAGAAUCCUAUAGUAUUGGCGCCGCUGCCAUCACCUUUGGCCUUCCGCUGCUUGUCGCCUUCUUCUACUUUGCCUGCAACGACAUCUCCGGAUGCCCUGCCCCCGCGCUGCUCCGCCUCGAGUUGGCGUGGGACACUAUCCGCGCGCAGAUCCCAUGGCCAGCUGAUGGUCUGGCUGGCUUCGUGAGCCUCGAGGCUACCGGCUGGGUCGCUGCGUACUACGUUCUCAGCAUGGCCCUGUACGUUGUGCUGCCUGCGCACGAGGUCCUCGGCACCAAGCUCAAGGAGUCGGGCAAGCCCCUCAACUACCGCUUCAACUCUUUCUCUUCGACCCUUGUUCAAGUCGUCGCCUGCGCAGUCGGCACAUACAUCUACGGCGCCGACUUUGUCGUCUGGCGCUACAUUGACGAGAACUACCUGCAGAUCCUGACGGCCAACAUCAUCCUCGCAUACGCCAUCUCCGUCUACGUCUACGUUGCCAGCUUCUCCGUCAAGCCGCGCAACAAGGAGCUGCGCGAGCUCGCCGAGGGCGGCACCAGCGGCAACCUCAUCUACGACUUCUACAUUGGCCGUGAGCUCAACCCGCGCGUCACGCUGCCCCUGUGCGGCGAGAUCGACAUCAAGACGUGGCUUGAGAUGCGUCCUGGUUUGACCGGUUGGCUGCUGCUCGACCUGGCCUUCAUGGCCAAGCAGUACAACCGCCACGGCUUUGUGUCGGACAGCAUGAUCUUCGUCACCGCCAUCCAGGGCUACUACGUCCUUGAGGGCCAGUACGCCGAGGCCGGUAUCCUUUCCAUGAUGGACAUCAUCAGCGAUGGGCUCGGCUUCAUGCUGACCUUUGGUGAUAUUGUCUGGGUGCCCUUCAUCUACUCCACGCAGGCGCGCUACCUGGCUGUGUACCCUGUGCACUUGGGUCCCUUGGGUUUGGCUGGACUCUUCUCUGUGUUUGCCUUGGGUCUGUACAUCUUCCGCGCCGCAAACACGCAAAAGGCCGUCUUCCGCAAGGAGCCUAACCACCCGAGCGUUGCUGGCCUCUCGUACAUCCAAACCAAGCGCGGCACGAGAUUGUUGACUGGCGGAUGGUGGGGUAUCUCGCGCCAUCUCAACUACUUUGGUGACUGGCUGCAGUCGCUGCCCUUCUGCCUCGCUGCCGGUCUUUCUGGCUACGUGAUUCAGGCGAAUGGCCAGGUGGAGCAGGGCGACGCUAGGGGCUGGGGUAUUGCCUUUACUUGCUUCUACAGCUUGUACUUUGGCAUCCUUCUGAUCCACCGUGAGGGCCGUGACGACGCGGCGUGCCAGAAGAAGUACGGUGAUGACUGGGAGAAGUACAAGCGCGUGGUCAAGUGGAAGAUUGUUCCUGGUAUUUACUAGAUAUACCCCAACACUAUUCUAUAACUACUUCUAUUUUUUAAUAAUACACUUCAGUCCGUCUUCUUACCCACAACACCGCCUCGUUGUAGUCCAAAGAAACAUACCACUACCACUGUCGCCGUCGCGGCAAAGAGUGUCCAGAAGGCGGCCCGGAAGCCCUCCAUCAGCGCGAGGUUAUGGUCCUUGACGUCGGAAUGCUCUGUGACUGAGGCUGCAAUCGCUGCUGUAACAGCUAAUCCGACAGAGUUGCCGAGCUGAGCUACCACGUUGAAGACGGCGCCAGCCAAGGACUGUGUCUCUGCGGGGAAAGCAUCCGAGAUGACGAGGUUUGAUACGGUAAACAAAACUAAACAAAGUUAGUGUGGGUUUGGGAUAAUCUCAAAAAGAGCUUACCAUCUGCGUUUGCCGGUGACAGAAACAGCGCCCAGAACGGCGCAAACCAGUAAUUUUGGCCAACGGGAAUAGUUGCCAUGAGCGGCGGCGUGACCAUGGUGAUAAUGGCCGAUACCACAGCAAGUCUGCGCACAGUGAAGCGUGAAAUGAAAAAGGCCAUGCCGACAUUGACGCAUACGCCCAUGACGACGUGUGGGAGGAAGCGAAUUGAGCUCUGCAGGGCAGCAACACCCUCAACCUGUUGGAAGCUGCAUCUUCUGUUAGUGUUGACUGUCCUGUCCGCUAUACUGAUGCACUUACUAUAAUGUUGUAAAGUAUUCAAUGCCAUUGAGGGCUGCCCAGCAGAAAAAGACGGCCACACUGAUAAACGUAAAUGAUGUCUUUCGCCACAGAUGGUUCGGGAUAAGCGCCGGCUUGUUGCGGUUCGUCUGGUGCCGCAUCCAUACUGGAAAGGCAACCAGCAGGCCAACCGACACAAUCAGCAAGGAAAUGGUCAAAGGGCUGCUAAUACUGCGAUACGAGCUCGUCACCACGGCCAGCACGUAGAGAACCAGCACAAGGGCCACACUAAGGAUCCCCAUGCCAAGCCAGUCGAUAUCCUGGGCUAGUCUCUGCGCUUUCGUCUUGUUAGAUGGUUGAUGCACAGCAGGCAGCGACCACACAGACACCAGUGACAGGCACACAUUCACCAUGGCCGUGAGGAUAUACGCCCAGCGCCAGCCAAUCGUGUCAGUAAAGAUGCCACCCAGAACAAGGCCAAUGGCAAACCCCAACGGCUGGCCCAUGCCGUUCAUUGCAAAUGCCACAUUGCGCCAUGUGCCGCGCGCAAACGUAUUCGUGAUGAGGCUCACGGCUGUAGGAAGACACAGCGAGAUAGCGACGCCCAACAGCGCCCUCACAAUAAUCACCUGGAGCGCCGUCUUAGCCAGCCCCAGACCAACCGUUAACCCGGCAAACAGAAAACUGCCAGUCACCCAGACGAGCUUGGCCCCGAUAAUGUCGGCCAUGGCGCCAAAGAUGAGCGGCAGACAUCCUGCUGUGAGGGAGUAGACUGCAGCCGGCCAGAGGAUGAGGGACUCGGCCAGCCCGACUUCCUGGGCAAUGCGGGGCAGUGCAGCAAUCAGGAUCCCUGAACCAAUGCUGUUGACAAAGGUAAUACCUGCUAUGGUGAUGAUGACUGCUACGCGGCGAGUUUUGGAGAGCCCUGGCGGCGAGGCUGCGACGGCGGUUUCAUGGGUGUGUAAGUCUCGCAGCAGGUCUUCGGACGUGGAGGCUGCGCCGGCAGGGGUGCCGGGGAGAGGGUGCAGAGCGAUGGUGUCUGU